ACAGCGCGCUCACUUGCACUUGUCGUCGGUCUUCUCCUCAUCCUCAACGACGUGAUGGACAAGCCGUUGUAUGCCGAUGACGACGACGACAAUGAUGAUGAUGUCAAGACCGACAUGACCAGUGGCGGUCGAGCCAGCGAAAUCGGCUCACACCAGAGAUCAACGUCCAUCGACAAGGAUUCACACGCGGUGGCUGGUGCAGAAGACGACGAUGUGGCCAUGGCUGCCUUUGACCCAGCUGCCAUCCGACCUCAUCUCUGGAAGCUCUAUCUCUCACAUGGCAUGACCGCCUGGACCAUGCGCAUGUGGGAAUUUGCCGUCGCCCUCAUGCUCAUGGCCGUCCGCCCCGACUCGAUGCUCCUGCCCGCCGUCUACGACUUUAUUCUCUCCCUGGCCGUGGCCAUGAGCAGCUCCCUCAUCGGCCGUAGCGUCGAUCUUCAUCGCCGCCUCCCCACCGUGCAAAUAUCGCUGCUUCUCACUAAAAUCGGCUUCGGCCUCGCCAGUCUUGUCGUCUUCUGGAGCCUUCGCGACCCCCAGAGCUCCUCCUCCAUUGCCAACUCGGUCCUCAUCAUCUUCUUCACCACCAUCGGCCACCUUGGAUACAUGGGGAAUCGCCUUGCCGUUGAAAAGGAUUGGGUCGUUGCCGUGGUCGGUGCCGACGACCAGCUCCUGACCAACACCAACGCCAUCCUCCGGCGCAUCGAUCUCUCUUGCAAGCUUCUUGGCCCGGUGAUGGCCGGUGCCAUCAUGACCGGUGCGGGCAUGCAAACGGGCGCUCUCGCCAUUGCCCUCUGGAAUUUUCUUUCCGCCUUUCCCGAAUACACUCUUAUCCUGCACGUCUACAAAUCCUUCCCGGCCCUCGCCUUCAAGGCAUCCCGAGCUGCCGAUACCAAGCUCAAAUCUCGCCUGGCCCUCUGCUUCUCCACCUUGACAGAUCUCGCUGCCGGUUGGAAGGAAUACGCAAAUCAAGUGACCGUCCGCCCUGGUUUUGCCUUGGCAUUUCUCUACGCUUCGGUCCUCCAGAUGGCUUCUGUCAUGACUGCCUACGCCUAUUACCGAGGCAUGUCCGAGGUCGUGGUCGGCGUUUCCCGUGGCAUCGGCGCGGCCUUUGGCAUUUCGGCCACUGUUUGCUACCCCUUUUUCGUAAAACGAUACGGCCUCGUCAAGACUGGCUUCAUUGCCAUCUGGACCCAGUCUCAACUUGGCCAGGUCAUCCUCUUGACCAUGAGUCUACUCUCCGUUCUGGUCACCGAUGACUACUCUGGCAACUGCUCAGAUCUCUCUGGUCCCGAGCAUCACACCUGCGUUCUGGACCGCAACCUGGAACUUGGACUCUUAUUUGCUGGCACCAUUGCAUGCCGUAUUGGACUAUGGGGUUACGACAUGGCAGCCAGCCAAAUGCUUCAGAAAUUUGUACCGCCCACCUCGAUCGGACGCAUCAAUGGAACGCAAGAUGCCCUAAACACGCUCUUCAACAUGGUUUCCCCGCUGAUGGGCAUUAUCUUUCCGAAACCAUCCAGCUUUUACAUUAUUGUCAUUGCCUCUUAUGCCCUCGUUGGCUUUGGCGCCCUGCUCUACACCUCCUUUUACGUGGCUGUGCGCGACCGACGACUCAUUCUACCAGAGCAACCCCUCCUUGGGUCUCAGACGCCGCCGAUUGAACAAGCUCAGAGUAGUCUUGCACCACAGGCCACCCACGCCAUCGACGACACUGAUGAUGAAGAUCACAGUUCUAGUGAAGCAGAUUCUGCGCCCUUGCUCAUGCACUAG